AUGGCAGCCCUUUGCUCCGUGGAGGAACCUUCCUCCGUUGAGGCGGUAGAGCAUCAGCUCGAUGUCAUCCAUUCUCUUCGCAACGAUGUGGAGAUCUUCACGCAAAAGAUGAAGACCAAGCUCAGUGCAAUGGAAGAUGCCUUGCAGAAGCAAGUGGACGACCUCUCCCACACAGAGGCCGUUGCAAAUGAGAUGUGUCCGCAGAUGGCCGAGACGGAAGGGCGACGUGGUCGCACCACCAGCAUAGAUGACACGAUUACAGUGGAGGAGCCUGCAGCGCUGAUCGAGCACCGGCAGAAGAAGUUCGAGGCAAGCAUCGGCUGGUAUUGGCCGCUCGGGACUGUAAGCUCGUUGACGCAGACCACAACACUGCUUGGGAAUCAGAAGGAAGUCAGACUACACAAUCGGUGGAUGCAGCUGUCAAUGCAAACAGAGGCCGUGCUUGCACUAUCCGAGUACCGGCGGAUGCCUUCUCUCAAGGGUCUGAAGCAUGCUCCAUCCUACAUGUCGGGGGGGCCGCCAGACUUACCUCUGCGUUUGCUUCACCCACUAGGCAAAGCACGAGUUAUUUGGGAUCUUUGCGGCUUGCUCCUACUGAUCGUUGACACCAUUCUUCUACCACUCUCAUUGGCCUUUGGCUGGACUUCUGGCACUCAAGAUGCCGGUAGCUUCAUCCUGCUCUUGGACUUCAUUGCCAGCGUGUUCUUCUGGACCCUCGACAUCUUCAUGAACUUGAACACCGCCUUCUACUCGAAGGGCGCUUUGGUCUACGACCGGCACGCGAUCGUAAGGCACUAUGUGAAGACCUGGUGUGUUCUCGACGUCUGUGUGGUCGUUCUGGACUAUGUCACGCUUGCAAACGUUUUGGCUGAGGAUCGAGGCGCAGACCUGACGGUGCUGCGAUUCGCACGCAUCAUUCGAGCAUUUCGCCUCGUACGCUUGCUGAAGAUCGCGCGCUUUGAUGACUUGAUGCAGGAGAUUGCAGCCUCGACGGGCAGACAGUGGAUCAUGUUGGUAGUUGCCAUCAUCAACACAACGGUCGCCAUCUUAUUGAUCGCCCAUGUGAUGACGUGCAUAUGGGUUGGCGUGGGCGAAUUCAUUCAACGAGAUGACCACUGGCUGGCUCUCGCAGCUUUACCAGAUGAUCGUUGGUCCGAGUACGUGGAGUCAGUGCCGAUCCCGGUUUUGACCCCAUGGAUGAAGUACCUGCAUGCCUUCCGCUAUGUCAUGGCCUCACCAUCACCGCCAGUUAUGGCACCGGACAGCGCGGAGGAACGACUGUUCGAUAUCAUGACGAGCAUUUUUACCUUCGUGGUGAUCGGUGGGGCCAUCUCGAAGAUUUCCGGAACCGUGGUUGAACUUCGUGGCAUGAACGAGGCGAAAUCCAAGCAGCGCUGUGAAAUUCGCCAUUAUCUGCAAAGCCAGGAUGCCUCCUUCGAGCUUGUUUCACGCGUCAUGAAGUUUGCUGAAUACAAGCUUGAAAAGAUGAUGCCCACAUCUUUCGAUCCCAGCUUGAUAUCACUCACUUUGCAGACGGAGCUCUCUGUAAACCAGAGGUCUCGGUACAUCAAGCAAGUCCCCAUCUUCGACCUGACCUCGCAGCUGUGGCCAGAAGUAUUCUCGAGCAUUUGCGUGGUGCUCCGCAAGGUCGUUUGCGAAAAUCGCGAGGACGUUUUCGUGGCUGGUGGCCUGUCCACCGCCCUCUACAUCACAGUCACAGGAGAGUACAGCCACGUCGAGGGCUAUGAUGGGCAGGGCGAAGUCACAGAAAUUUCAGGCGUGACCUAUUUGGAAGAGCUCAGCCUGUACGUCGAUGCUCUCGCGCACCAGUCGUCAUUGAUGGCAAGGACUUUUGCUGAGAUGUUCACUCUGGAUGGCGACAGCUUGGUCAAGUGCCUGGGGAGUGCUCCGAGCUGCGCGGCCAUGUUCUUCGAAUAUGCCAAGGAGUUCACCAUGGCCGUGAAGAAGGCUGGUGGCAGGGUAUCGCUCGAGAUUCAGACAGCGCUCUCCGAGAGGUGUUGCAAGAAGACCCAGAUAUAUCAGGACAUGUACCCGGACCAAGAGACCCGAUUAUCCAACAUUGAUCUGUCACACAUUGUGUCGGUGUGUGUUUCUCCGCCAACGCGGACGACUUCCUCCGAGUGGCCAAUGAUGGCAAUGGACACCAGCAACGGCAGCAACGGACUCGGAGAAAGUCAGGCUUCUGGGCCGGUGAAAGGAGCCGAGCUCAUUUGGCUGAUCGAGAAAGCCUGGCCAAACAAGCUUGUUGAAAGCGAGCUAUCGGAGCAGCUUCAAACCAACUUGCCGGAAAUCUCACCAGACCAUGGUCCUCACGUUCUCUUUGAGCAGGGCUUAGAAAGAGACCGAGCCGAGUCCUCCUGCAUCUGCCUCCCGGCCAAGUCUGCAUGCCCUAGCCAUGUACAAUACUAUGACGAUCGUUGGGAAAGGGUGUAA